CUUCAAUUCGCCUGGCUGGGAAAAGCUAGUAGCUGCCAGCUAUCAUACCUGUACCUUAAUUCUUCUUCGUGUGUUCGGGGUGUUCGGUGGAUUGAAUUCCUCUCUCGGACGAUCCCGCCUUGCCGCUUUCGGAAAAUUUCUGCACUCUUCCCCAGUUCAUCCGGGUUUUCUUUCAUCCUUAAUUCCUUCUCACCUCGGCUGUGUCGGAGAGCUUGAACUUUGAAGAGAGGAGAGAGUUGAGACUUGCUCCCCUCCCCUCCCUUCCCCCUUCCGUCUCCCCCUCGUACAUCAUUCUAGGAUGUCGCAACCCAUGAGCAUGGCCGUGGACGGCCAUGGUGCUGCUGAAUUGGAUCAUGCGCCCCAGUAUGAUGUCGCCCUGCACGACAAGGAAAAGCAGGAGGAUCGCAAGGGCAGUCCCAUCUAUCAGGACACCUUUGGUGAUGAGGAGUAUGCCGAGGUCAAGUACAAGGUCCUCAGCUGGUGGCAAUGUGGUUUCCUCAUGGUGGCCGAAACCGUGUCCUUAGGCAUCCUCUCGCUACCCGCCGUCGUGGGUGUCUUGGGUCUCGUCCCUGCCAUCAUCCUUCUGCUGGGAUUGGGUCUCUUAGCCACCUACACAGGCUAUACCAUCGGCCAGUUCAGAUGGGCCUACCCGCAUAUCCAGAACAUGGCCGAUGCCGGCGAGGUUCUUUUCGGUAGUUUCGGUCGUGAGUUCUUCGGCACCGGCCAACUGCUCCUCGUUGUCUUCAUCAUGGCCAGCCAUAUCUUGACCUUCACUGUGGCCAUGAACACGAUCACCGAGCACGGCACGUGCACGAUCGUGUUUGGUGUUGUCGGCGUGGUCAUCUCUUUCUUCUUGGCCCUGCCCCGAACCUCAGCCAAUGUCUCCUACCUGUCGGUGGCGUCAUUCAUCAGCGUCUUCUCGGCUGUCAUGAUCGUCAUGAUUGCUGUCGGUAUCCAGCGUCCAUACAAGGGCGCGCUCGAAGUCACAGUGGACACUAGUCUGUACAAGGCUUUCCUGGCCGUGUGCAACAUUGUCUUCUCUUUCUCCGGCCAUGUGGCUUUCUUCGGUUUCAUGUCCGAACUCAAGGAUCCGCGCGAUUAUCCCAAGUCCCUGUGUCUGCUGCAGGGGAUCGAUACGGUUCUCUACAUCGUUACCGCCGUGGUGAUCUACGUCUUUGCCGGACCCAACGUGACCUCCCCGGCGCUCGGCUCAGCCGGCCCAAUGAUUGCUAAGAUUUCCUACGGCAUCGCUCUGCCGACAAUUAUCAUCGGCGGAGUGGUUAACGGCCAUGUCGCCUGCAAAUUCGUGUACGUGCGAAUCUUCCGCAACAGCGACCGCAUGCACAGCCGCGAUCUGGUGGCCACCGGCUCCUGGGUGGUCCUCAUGCUGGUCCUGUGGAUCGUGGCAUGGAUUAUCGCCGAGGCCAUUCCUGUCUUCAACGAUCUCCUGAGUUUGAUUGCCUCCCUUUUCGCCAGUUGGUUUACUUUUGGCUUCAGCGGCAUGUUCUGGCUGUACCUCAAUAAAGACCGACUAUUCUCCUCCCCGAGAAAGAUCGCCUUGACCAUCCUCAACGCGUUGAUCGUGGGUAUCGCCGCUUGUGUUUGUGGUCUUGGGCUAUAUGUCUCGGGACGUUCUUUACACGAAGACGCCAAUAGCUCGAGUUUCUCCUGUGCGAAUAAUGCAUGAGUGGGCCGGAGUUGUGUAUUUUUGGUUUGGCUGCUGCAUAUACUUGCAUGAUUUUGUAUAAUACUUUGUUGGACAGAUGUCACUGGUAUAGUGGUGC